AUGUGUACCUUAGCCCCGGUUUCUCCUACUCCAACCCCCUCCCUUUAACAUCAUAAUCCUGUCAGAUGCUCAUCACUCAGCUACUCAUCCCCAAAAGUUUCUGUAGGAGUUUCGGGAAAUCUCGUACAUCAUCAUCACUCCAAACCUCUCACACACACUCUCUCUCUCUCCUUGACUCCCCUUUUCUCAUUUGCUACUUGUCAACGCGUUCGCCAUGCUGAUUCCAUCUUCCAGUCUCCCCAUCCCAUGUCAUCUUGUGUGAACUCAGCCUCACCUCCACCUCCCAAUCUCACCUCGGCCAUCCAGACAACGCACUUGUUAUAUACAACGUCACCUUCCCCUUCGUACCUCCCCCUCGAGGAUAUCAUCGACUAUUCGUCCUUUCCAUUCCUCGACAACGUGCAGGACGAACUCAGCAUGGAUCACUUAUUCAGUCAGGUACCUCAACAAGGGGAGAAUCGGUCGUCUCACAAUCUUCCUCCACCACCACAUGAGCCCAUCACCUCGACCCGGAAUUCUCAAGUACCGUAUCAGGGCGGACAGUCACCAACAGAGUCAAAAGCGGACGAUCAGGAUGUCCCCAUGGGAGUGGUAGAAGCACGUGAACAGACUUAUCCGUCUGCCCUACCCAUCCCUAUCGGCGGCAACCUACCACUGCCACCUCCCCCAUCAGUUCCAUACGACCUUGGUCCCUACGCCAACAUGUACGGAUACACGCCAAUGGUCGUCUCAGAGACUAGUCAUCCUCAGCCAAUGAUGUUCCAUCCGUACAGAUUCGAUGGCUACCGCUCGCCGCCUCGUUGGGCAAACUCACCGGAGCACCACUCCCCUCAAUCCAUCUCACCACCUGGAUCAUCUCAUUCGCCCAUGAACCAUCCGGCGUUGUCGCAGUCCGGUUCACCCAUCCAAGCAGGUUCACCACCACUUGUCUCUCCAACGUCCGGGCUCGGCUCCAUGUCAGAUGUAUCUCCAGGAUCAGCCGUCUGGGCAUACAAUCUCCCUCAAGCCGCUGGAUCCGUAGGAUCUCUAGGCGGCUACGUUAAUACUCCCCUGACGAGCAUCUCGGCACUUCCCAACAUGCCUUCCGGCAGUCCUCCCGGCUCAACAACAGGAAGCAUCACCAGAAUGUUUGCUGGAAUGCCAUAUUAUUCUGCCGCUACAGGCGCCACACCUCCCAAAUCUGCGCUCCUGUUAUCUGGUGCACAUCCUGCUCGUCCAAAGGUACACAAGAAGAGCGGAUCUACCAGUCGGAGAGACAAAGAGUUUUCCAAAAGUGUCAGCAAGCCAGAGAUCGAUAGCGAUGUUGGGGGAGACGAAGUCGAGCAAGAUGAUCAGAUCCCUCCAAUUGGAAAGAGCAUCUUCACACCAGAGGACCUGCGAAGUCCCAACCUCACUGAAGAGGUACGAAAAGCGAGAAUCAAGAGCGAGCAGAGACGUCGGGAUGAGCUCCGUGAUGGAUUUACGAGGUUGAGAGAGGCUCUACCCGCAAGCAAUCAAAGACCUUCAAAGAGUAGUAUCCUGGAUCGAGCCGUGGCACACAUCCAACAGGUUGAGUCUGCCAAUCAUUACCUCAUGAAUCAGCUCGACGAAGCCACCAAGGACACGAAAAAGCUGCAAGAAUCCAAUGCAGAGCUUGUUCGAGCUCUGGCUGCCAGUACUCAAACGCGGGCGCCGUCCAGUCCUGGUUCCUCCGCCCCCAGAUGAGAUGACGAAAGAGCGGAUGAGGGUGAGUGAAUAGAUAUUGCUCGCGAACGCUUAAUCCUAGCUUAAUCGAGUCGUAAUCCAGGCUACAGCAACAGA